AUGUCUGCUGAUUUAUUGUCGACGUCGUCAUCUGCGAUACUGCCUGUUGUGAUCAGCGUUGCUUUCGUCAUUGUACUCGCCCCGGCGUUGUUUCUAUGCGGUAAACUAGGAAAAUUUGCCAAACGCCAAGGACUGUCAGAAAGCGGAGGUCAACUGUCUAAGAAAGAAAAGUCGUCCAGCUUCAACGAGGUGGCCUCCUUUCAGCUUGGAGGGCCAAUCAGAUUUUACAAAAAACCUAUCAGAGUAAACCCUACUGACGUCAACGUGGUGAUAGAAAGUGUCAAGAAAAAGGCGAUGAGCAGUUGA